AAGUCAUUUUUUGUACCGGAAGUGUAACAUUACCGACCGGGCUGAGGAAAACCUUUCCUUCUGUUUAUACUCUGGAAAGAAGUUUUGACUGUAUCUUGGCUAGCUGCUCCAGGCACGGUCAGGUCGCCUCAAAUUGAAAACCGCUAGACGGAUAGGUUCUUUUUAAACGACCCACAACAAAACAAAACUGGCCCCUCCACUGCCUGUCACCAUGCCCGCCCUGCUGGAGAGACCCAAGCUGUCUAACGCGAUGGCGAGAGCGCUCCAUAAACACAUCAUGAGGGAGAGGGAGCGCAAGAGACAAGAGGAGGAGGAGGUGGACAAAAUGAUGGAGCAGAAGAUGAAGGAGGAGGAAGAGAGGAAGAGAACAAAAGAAAUAGAGGAGAGGAUGUCUUUGGAGGAAACCAAAGAGCAGGUUAUGAAAAUGGGAGAAAAACUACAGGGACUCCAAGAAGAGAAACACCAGCUCUUCUUGCAGCUCAAGAAAGUACUUCAUGAGGAGGAAAAGAGGCGCAGAAAGGAGCAGAGUGAUAUCACAACACUGACAUCAGCCAGCUACCAGUCCAGCCUGCCCAUGCAUGCAGGGCAGCACCUCCUCAGCAUUCAAGGCAGUCCUGUCAGCCACAGUCGACCUGGUGCGCUGCUCGGAGAACGUAGCAAACAGUUGUUCCCAGCUGCUGUGAUUCCAGCACGUCACUAUCAGACACCAGGGUUCAGCUCGGGCUCAGCAGAGCAUGGACAGUUCAGCGGUGGCCAGGGAGUCCAUGAGCCCUAUGGAGUUGCUCAGGCCCAGCAUCCCUCCACCUACGCUCCUGGACCAUCUGUACCUGUCAGUUUCGCAAGCAGCUCUCAGAUCAGAGGUGCCUCUGCGUUUCAGGCCAUGCAGUACCUCCCACACCAGCAGCCUGGCUACCCUGUCCACAGUCACUUCACCUCCCAGCCUGGAUACAUUCCUGGAGCAGGAAUACCCCUCCAGAAGCAGCUUGAACAUGCCAACCAACAGUCAGGCUUCACUGAUGCAGGUGCUUUAAGGCCUAUGCAUCCUCCAGCCAUGCAUCCUUCUGCUCCAGGACUGCUGCCCACACCGUCGAUGGCGGUCCAGAUUCCCACAGCAAAGUCCCCGUUUCAGAGCUCUCCCCAGGGUGCUCCUCGCCACAGCUUCCUCCCCCACAGCCAGAGUGGGCAGAGGUUCUAUCACCAUGGCAAGUAACUCACAAUGACCUUCGCUGUUGCUGAGAUUUCUGCAGCUUCGCUCAACGAUUUUGGAGAAAUGUUUGGACGAGGAAUGGAUCGACUUCUUGUUAGGCUGGAUUUUGCCAUAUCAUUUAUUUUAAUUCCUGUAUGGUAUCUUGUUUUGACUUUGUUAACAAGCGAUCAGCAGUCCUCGUGCUUAUGUGCUUCUGACCCCCCCCCCCCCCCCCAAGUAAUGUUAAUUUGUAAAAUAGACUAUUUUACCUACAUUGUAAAGCCAUUCUGGAGGUGCACUACAAUGUUAAUAUCUUGUAAAAAGCAAAACCAGCAUGAACCAGAGCUUAUUCUUUGUAUACUAAUGUUCGUAAUAAGAUAUUCAGCAUCAUGUAGUAGCUGAAUUUUAAACACAUGAAUCAAAUCAAUAUGUUUUUACUGAGGUCACGUGUGCACUGAUGUAACUGAAUGACUCCUGGUUGAUCACAUUAGAACCAUUAGGGUUAAUUACCACAAACUGAAUCAAGAUGACCAUUUUUCUGACAUGGGAGGAUUUCCAUUGUUUUGUGCUGUCCUCUUUCACAGCAUAACCUCUCUGCUUUUUCUCAGAUCUGUUUGUUGCUAAAUAAAAUAUAAAUGCAAACGCCACA